AUGAGUUCAAAGAGAACAUCAUUGCUAAGUGGAAACACCCGAGAGGAGGGAGGCGUCGGCGAGAGUGCGGGAGGAGAGAAAAACGACCAACCGUUUGCAGAUAGAAGUUCUCCCGGUUCCUCGUUUUCUUCGUUUUCUUCGCCGCGAAGAAGACCUCCCCACUCUCCUCGAGAGGCAAGCGCAGCUGCGCAUGUGUGUCAGGGAAAACCCCGGGGGAGCGAAAGUCCGCAAGCCUCGCAGAUUCAAAGUGAUCUCAGGCUCUGUCUGUCGGCCAGCGACGAACGCCACAGGUUCUCUCUGUGGGAGCGAACCGGCGAGGAACGCCGGACGAAGCAGAGAGAAAACGGAAGCGGCAGGAGACGCGAGAGCAAGGACCGAGAAGAGCAGAAAGAAGAAGGACUCGAAAAAAGCGAGAAAGCAGGCAACACCGAAGAGAAGAGAGAAGUUGAGACCGCAGGCGACAAUGGGUCUCGCAGUCGAUUCGAGAAGAAGAACGAGAAACUUGGAGGGGGAGGAUCCUCUGACUCUGGAAGAGAGGAGAAAUUGCCUUCCACCACAGACGGAGAUCCACUGUCUCCUUCUUCAGCAUCGACGAGUCCUUGGCACUUCCCUUUGGGGUCGGAACCGCCAUCUUUACGCAUCUUUUCAAACGAGGAGGAGACAAAAAACGAAACGCAUGGCGCGGCAGCCUCCGGGAUCCCGCGGCACAGACAUGCAUCUCGCACGCUGGGGACUGGCGCAGAGGACGAGGACGCACUCGAAGUUCUUCGUCUCGCCUCUCCGGCUCCUGUCGCCGGUCUCCUGCCGCCGACCAUGCCUCUUUCUCAGCAGGCCCAUUCGUUCGAUCUAGGCCGAUUUGCAAGCGCAGUCGAGUCCGAGGCCUUCGCGACGGCCAAGCAACUCAGCCUGGUCUCCGUCGUUGCGUCGGAAGGAAAAGGCGAAGAAGAACAGGCAAAGGAAGAAGACGAGAAGGCGGAGAAAAAAGGCGAGAAGAUAGAGGAAGAAGGCGAGAAGAUAGAGGAAGAAGGCGAGAAGAUAGAGGAAGAAGGCGAGCAGAUAGAGGAAGAAGGCGAGCAGAUAGAGGAAGAAGGCGAGCAGAUAGAGGAAGAAGGCGAGAAGAUAGAGGAAGAAGGCGAGAAGAUAGAGGAAGAAGGCGAGCAGAUAGAGGAAGAAGGCGAGCAGAUAGAGGAAGAAGGCGAGAAGAUAGAGGAAGAAGGCGAGCAGAUAGAGGAAGAAGGCGAGCAGAUAGAGGAAGAAGGCGAGAAGAUAGAGGAAGAAGGCGAGCAGAUAGAGGAAGAAGGCGAGAAGAUAGAGGAAGAAGGCGAGCAGAUAGAGGAAGAAGGCGAGCAGAUAGAGGAAGAAGGCGAGCAGAUAGAGGAAGAAGGCGAGCAGAUAGAGGAAGAAGGCGAGCAGAUAGAGGAAGAAGGCGAGCAGAUAGAGGAAGAAGGCGAGCAGAUAGAGGAAGAAGGCGAGAAGAUAGAGGAAGAAGGCGAGCAGAUAGAGGAAGAAGGCGAGCAGAUAGAGGAAGAAGGCGAGCAGAUAGAGGAAGAAGGCGAGCAGAUAGAGGAAGAAGGCGAGCAGAUAGAGGAAGAAGGCGAGCAGAUAGAGGAAGAAGGCGAGCAGAUAGAGGAAGAAGGCGAGAAGAUAGAGGAAGAAGGCGAGAAGAUAGAGGAAGAAGGCGAGCAGAUAGAGGAAGAAGGCGAGCAGAUAGAGGAAGAAGGCGAGCAGAUAGAGGAAGAAGGCGAGCAGAUAGAGGAAGAAGGCGAGAAGAUAGAGGAAGAAGGCGAGCAGAUAGAGGAAGAAGGCGAGCAGAUAGAGGAAGAAGGCGAGCAGAUAGAGGAAGAAGGCGAGCAGAUAGAGGAAGAAGGCGAGCAGAUAGAGGAAGAAGGCGAGCAGAUAGAGGAAGAAGGCGAGCAGAUAGAGGAAGAAGGCGAGAAGAUAGAGGAAGAAGGCGAGAAGAUAGAGGAAAAAGGCGAGCAGAUAGAGGAAGAAGGCGAGCAGAUAGAGGAAGAAGGCGAGAAGAUAGAGGAAGAAGGCGAGCAGAUAGAGGAAGAAGGCGAGCAGAUAGAGGAAGAAGGCGAGAAGAUAGAGGAAGAAGGCGAGCAGAUAGAGGAAGAAGGCGAGAAGAUAGAGGAAAAAGGCGAGAAGAUGGAGGAAGAAGACGAACAAGUGAAGGAAAGAGAGGAGACAGUGAAGAAAGAAGACAAAGGGAGAGUAUUUAUCGAAGAAGAAGGGAGAGACUUGGGAGAGUCGAACUGGAACAGGGUCGCAUCUUUCGUCUGCGUGAAGCAAAGUCCCUUCAUUCAUUCCUCGCAUGGCACUGGUGACUCUCGUGAACAGAUUCUCGCGACAGACGCUUGUCGAGAGAAACAGGGAGACGGAGACGCUAGACCCGAUGCCUCGACUCCUUCUUCUCCCUUCUCGCCGUCUGCCUGUGAGCCUCUUGUGCCUCUCUCGCCGCCCUCCUCACGCGUUCUCCAGGAGACGCUUCCGCCUGACUCCUCUUCUGUCUCCUCUCCCGUCGCCUCACUUCCUCUUGCUUCCGCGCGGCUCUGUCGCAGCCACUGCGCCCGGCGCGCCUCCACAGUCAGCAGAUGGAACACAGAGCGAGGACCGUGCGGUAGACAUGCGCUGCAUGCAUCGAGGCAGAAGAGCGGAACUUGGAGGAAAAAAAGGACGUGGACUUCUGGGGGAGCCCGCUGGCAAGAAGCGUUCAAAAGGGAGACGAGGAGCGCGACAGCGAGACGCCUCCGUGUCUUGGAGAAAGGAGAAGCAGCAGUCCCCGAUUCGUUCUUCAACGAGAUUCCCCGGACCUCUGCAGACACUCUUAAACGGAGAGGAGACGUCAGCGACGACAGAGACAUCGACGAAGACAGGAAGAGUACAGGAAACAGAGAAAAAAACCGAGAAAUGCGAGAAGACGAAGCACAAGAAGAGAGAAGAGGCGCGAGAAGCGCUGGAUGGCCUCUGGAAGCUCACUGCGUCCCUGCGGUGUCUGUCGAAGGCAGCGACGGCGAAAAUGCGACAGAGGCUGUACACCUGGAAGGCUCUGCCUUCUCCACGAGAGCGAAGCCAGGGAGGAUCGAGACGCAAACGAAGAGAGGAGGGGAACAGCACCACGAGGGGGAGACGCUGAAGGAGACUCUGGAAAAUGAGGACUCACGCUGCAUGGAAAACGCGCUCUCCUCUACAGGGGAAGACGAAAAGCGAGGCGCAAGAAAGCAGAGACAGAAGGCUGCUUCCCCUCCCCUCACACAAGCAUCUUCCUCCACGGCAAGCAAGAAUCCAACAGAAAGAGAUCAAGAGAGGAAAGAAGCAGAAGGGUGCUCAAUCUGUCUCCGUUCACACACAGAGGGUCGUGCCUCCUCCCCAAACGCUCGGCCUCGUCCCUUUAGAAGAGAGGAUCUUGGACAACAGAAAGAAGUACGAGACUGCCCAGAGAAAGAGAGGAACAGGACGCCAGGAAGUCACGACGAAGAAGACAGACUACACUCCACGCAGAAGACGGGAGAGGAGACGGAGCACAGCGGCGACAGGACGGCUUCGGAGAAGAAAGCGAAGAGGCAAAGCCGAGAGGAACAGUGGCCGCAGGAAUCCCCGCGACACCACUCAUGCCUUCAGAAGGCAAGAGAGUGCCAAGGAUACAAAGCAAUAAACGGUGGAGAAGGAGGAGAAGAAGCCGCGCGAGGAAGACAGAGAAGAAGAGGAAGAGAAGGCGAGGCAACGCGAGCAAGCUACAGAGUUGAAGUGUCUCCUUUUUUUCGACAUGCAUCUGCUCGUGCUCUCCGCGACGACCCUCGAGGAAGAAGGGAGAAAAGGUGGAGGAAGAAGGUGGAUCUUUACAAGCAUGCACUCGCAAGUCCUUGUUGCGCUUCGCGAAGCCCCUCUGCGGUGUACGUACACCCGCCGGCGUCGGCGAGGUUGUGGGCAGAGUCCGACGCGACUGAAGGAGAUUCGCGUUCUUCUCACUUUUCAUCUUCGAGAUUUCCCGCUGUUUCUUCAGCUUCUCCUCUGCCGCCGGUCUUCAAAAGGCUGUCAGAGUUUCACCUUCCGCGAUCCAUUCGCUUGGCAGAGGCGCGUCUCCUGCGUGGACAGAGUUCAGAUGCGCUCGAGGACGCCCUUCGCUGCGUUGUCGAAGUCAGGCGCUUCCUCGAGGAUUCGCUUCCCAGGAGGCUCUCCAGCUCUGCUCUGUCGCAGCGAACUAUGUGUCUCCCUCGCUCUGUUUCUUCCUACUGGAAAAUCCAGACCGACAUCUGCGGAGACGCCUUGCGACAUCGCCGUCGCUCAUCUCGCCACCCUUCUUCUCUCCAUGCUUCUUCUCUCCGAGCUUCUUCUCUCCGAGCUUCUUCUCCGCGCAGUCCUUCGUCUUCUGUGGCGUCGGGUGUCUGCUCCUGUUCCCCGGCUUCGAGUGCAGGCGACAGAGAAGGCAAGGCCUCGCAGCUGUCUUGUCUCAAACUUCCGCCAGUUUUCCUGUCCACGCAGGGCGAAGCUUCCGCGAGGGAGAUAUCUCUGAAACGAGAGGCGCGGAGCGCAGCGAGUUCGCCCUCGAACUCGUGGAAGAAACUCACAUUCGCGGCGACCGAGACACCUGCAUGCACCGAGCGAAGCGCCGAGACAGGUGUGGGUCCUCAGCGCGCGGGAGUCGCGGUAGAGAAGGACACAGCCAGAGGACAAGAGGCGGACAGAAAGAGCAAGACGCGCUGCGACGCCUCCUCCGGUCGCUCUGAGAAGAGCGAAGUCUCUGGUCGAUGUUCCUCCUCUGCGUCUCAGGAUCCCUUGGAGGACAGCUCCGCAUCUCGGCGAGGAAGCGAGAAGGCUCUCUCUCUCUGUCACCCUUCAUCGGCGCAUGAAACGGCAGCGCUUCGUGGAAGAAGCCGCUUCUGCGCUUGCGCCUCUCUCUCGCUGCUUCCUCGGAGACUCCGGAGACAGGAACGAGUCCCCGAGCGCGAGGCAGAGGAGGAGGCGAGACGAAGUGGACGGGAAGAAGAGACCACAGGCAGGGGAGUUGAGGAGAGCGAAGAGGUUUCGGAGGAGGCAGACAGGGCUGGAGGCGGACGCCAUCAGGCCCAGAGCCGCAGAGAAGCUGGAAAAAGCAUCGAAGCCGCCUCGUGUACGUGUAUUCACAGAUGCCGCGGUUCCGCCGAACCGGAGCGCGGUGACCGACAAGUUGAACGAAACACAGAAGGCGAGGAGAAGGCAGAAAGCCGCGCCGAGGGUGCCCCUGAAAAGGAAGGGGAGCGCUCUCAGGCCGUCUGCACCUGUCAGGAGCUCCAGAAGCGAGAGAAGACAGAGAAGAAAGAGAAGACAGAAAACAGAGAGAAGAAAGCAGGUGAAGGGGGGCGAGAGGAGACUGAGAGAGGUCGCGAGGAAUUGAGGCGAGUCGAGGAGACCGAGGAGGUGCAUCUUUCUUCUUCGAUAGCAUGCACCGCAGAGCGAAGCUCGCGUGUCGUUGUGGGCCGCGCGGAGUGGCGAGCUACAGACGGAGGCGCAGAGGUCGCGACGCUGCGGGAGAGCGUCUGCGGUCGCUCUUGGAAGAAACAGCGAGAGCGAGAAAGAGAGACAAGGGAGAAGAAGAGAUCUGUCUGUCUUCGACGAACUGGGGAGCAGCGUCACAAACGCGACGUCGUUCCUCCUUGUCGGAAGCGAAGUGCUCAGGAGGUGCAGAAAAUCACAGAGAGGUGA